UGAGUCCUGUGACUACGUGCACAAGCUCAAAAUUUUCAACAGUAGCUCUUCCUCCAGAAGUUUCUAGAGCAGCUGGGGGAGUUUGUGGGACAGAAUCUGGCUAGAACCUGCCUAGAAUUCCACUCCCAGGUCAAGAAAUUUGGAAGAUGAGGGCCUUUCAUCCAAAGGUUUCCCUAGACCUACCUGGUAUCAUCACAGCCCAUCUGCUUCAAAUUUGUACCCUCUUCCUGACCUUGCUCAACAUGGCCCCAAGCAACCAACCCUUCAUCACAGUCUGGAAUGCAGACACCCAGCGGUGCCUGGAGAGCUACAGUGUGGACGUGGACGUCAGUGUCUUUGAUGUGGUAGCCAACCCUGGGCAGACCUUUCUCGGCCCUAACAUGACCAUUUUCUACAGCUCAAAGCUGGGUACCUACCCCUACUACACAGCCACUGGGGAGCCCGUGUUUGGUGGGUUGCCACAGAACACCAGCCUGAGCGAACAUCUGGCCUAUGCAUUUCACGACAUCCAGGCUGCCAUGCCUGCUCCUGACUUCUCGGGGCUGGUGGUCAUUGACUGGGAAGCAUGGCGCCCACGCUGGGCCUUCAACUGGGACUCCAAGGAUAUUUACCGGCAGCGCUCACAAGCACUGACUCAGGCUCAACACCCUGACUGGCCCGACAGUCAGGUGAAGACAGUAGCCAGGGACCAGUUCCAGGAGGCUGCACAGGCCUGGAUGGCAGGCACCCUCCAACUGGGACAGAUACUGCGUCCUCGUGGCCUCUGGGGCUUCUAUGGCUUCCCUGAAUGCUACAAUUAUGACUUUAAAAGUACUAACUAUACAGGCAAGUGUCCAUUAGUCAUCUCUACUGAGAAUGACCAGCUAGGGUGGCUGUGGAACCAGAGCCGUGCCCUCUACCCCAGUAUCUACAUAUCUGCAGCACUGAUGGGCACAGGGAAGACACGGAGAUAUGUGCGACACCGUGUGGCUGAGGCAUUCCGUGUGGCCAGGGCUGCCAGAGACCCCAGUCUACCAGUGCUGCCCUACACCCAGAUCUUCUAUGACACAACAAACCAUCUUCUGCGCCUGGAGGACUUAGAGCACACCCUGGGGGAGAGUGCAGCUCAGGGGGCAGCAGGAGUGGUGUUCUGGGUGAGCUCAAAGAAUACAAAUUCCAAGGAAUCAUGCCAGGCCAUCAAGGAGUAUAUGGAUACAACAUUGGGGCCCUUCAUCCUGAAUGUGACUAGUGGGGCUCUUCUCUGCAGUCAAGCUCUGUGCUCUAGCCAUGGCCGCUGUGCCCGCCGCCCCAGCCAUCCGGAGGCUCUCCUUAUCCUCAACCCUGCCAGCUUUUCCAUCCAGUUCUCAUCAGAUGGCAAGCCCCUGACCCUGAAAGGUGCUCUCUCACUUGAAGAUCAGGCACAGAUGGCCAUGAAGUUCAGAUGUCGUUGCUACCGUGGUUGGCACGGAGCAUCAUGUGAGCAGCUAGUCAUGUGAUGAUUGAUUGGCCACACCAGUCUGCACACACUGAGCAUCUAAUGUAGUAUGAGCUGGCCAUGGCUUCCUCAAAUGAAGACAUAAGUUACUCAAAUCAUGGUCACUGUCAGGAAUAUACUCAGUCACCAUCAUAGGAAUAUGCCCUGCACAUAAAUGCACACUCAUGGACAGGACAACCAUAUAAGGAGUUAGCAACAGGGCAGACCUUACCAACCCAUGUUCAUAUGAGUCUAUGUGACAGAGUCAUAGACAGUUCCUGUAGAGACAGUUUUGGAACUUCAGGAAGCCCUGUGCUGAGUUUGCUAAAUGGGCUAACUCUUCACAAUAAGACUGAGACACCCAUAGAGAGGGUGUGUACUUUUUUUUUUUUUUUUUUUUUGGCAGAACCAGGGAUUGAACUCAGUCCCACUUGCCAGGCAAGUGCUUAUUCUACUGAGCUAUCUCCCGGGCCCCAAGGGUGUGUACUUUUUGUGAAAGGUCACGCGGCAAGAAAAACUAAUAUUCAAACCAAAGCUGUCCGGCUCCAGGAAUAAAGUCCUUGCACACCUACUGUGUGUUGAUGGUACUCUUGAAUCUGCUGACAGGCACCAGCUCUGCACAAUCCAGACAAUAAAAUUCGUUAU